CGACUAUCCCUGAAUCACUUUGACAUCUCUUUUCAAAUCUUCUUACAGUACAAUCGACAAUGCGUUUCACCAUGGUCCUUGCAACGCUGGUUGGGUUGGCCGUCGCCACCCCAAAGUCACCUCUUUUCAAGAGACAGUGUCCAACCCAGCCACAAGACUGCUGUCUACAGACCGGCACUUGUGAGACUUGUUAUUACGGAACCGAGCCCUUCCCGUGCAACUGCGAGUGCCUGCAAGUCGGUGGCUGCCCCUGCACCGAAAUCGACAACGACCUGAACCCCCCGCAGUGCAUUGGUUGGUCGGCUGGCGAAUCAGGACAUUGCUAAAUUCAUCAAACAUUCUAAUGAUCGCCGAAGGGUUGGGGAAGCGACUGUCUCGAGAUUUAGCGGCAUAUUUAUCCAUCAUAUGAGGGUAGUCCAGCUACAUCCCCCCAUAACAACAGCCGUGCUUCUUAUAAAAGAAUAGAAUGAAUAAUGAAUUACAUUAUUU